AUGAUUGUAGCGCUCUCGAUGAACACUGUGGACAAACUGAUCAAGAAGACCAACCUGGCAUUGCUGGUUGGAACUAACAGCUGGAGGGACCAGUUCAUCGAGGCCAUCACUGUCAGCGCUGGUGAGGAUGACGACGACGACGAGUGUGGCGAGGAGAAGCUGCCGUCCUGCUUCGACUACGUCAUGCACUUCCUCACCGUCUUCUGGAAGGUUCUGUUCGCCUUCGUGCCCCCCACCGAUUACUGGAACGGCUGGGCGUGCUUCGUGGUGUCCAUCUGCAUGAUCGGCCUGCUCACCGCCUUCAUAGGGGACCUGGCGUCUCACUUCGGCUGCACCGUGGGGCUCAAGGACUCGGUCACCGCCGUGGUGUUUGUGGCCCUGGGGACCUCCGUUCCCGACACCUUUGCCAGCAAGGUGGCAGCCAUCCAGGACCAGUAUGCAGACGCCUCCAUUGGCAAUGUGACGGGCAGCAAUGCGGUCAACGUGUUCCUGGGCAUCGGCGUGGCCUGGUCCAUCGCUGCCAUCUACCACCAGAGCCAGGGGAGGGAGUUCAAGGUGGACCCCGGCAGCCUGGCCUUCUCCGUCACCCUCUUCACCAUCUUCGCCUUCAUCUGCGUGGGCACGCUCAUGUACCGGCGCCGGCCGGAGAUCGGGGGCGAGCUAGGGGGGCCGCGAACUGCCAAGGUCCUGACCACGAUGCUGUUCUUCAGCCUGUGGCUCUUGUACAUUCUCUUCUCCUCCCUGGAGGCCUACUGCCACGUCCAGGGGUUCUAAACGAACGCACGCACACCCACCCCACACACUGGACGGAGAGAAGGGAGGGAGGAGGAGAGUGGCGUAGAAGAGCCAGGUGCAGCUUCGAGGAGUGGGGAAGAGAAUGCGGAGAUGGAAGGUGGAGGACUUGUGGCUAAACUGUAUUUCUUGUCUUUCAUGUUGCCCCGCCCCUAAUCCGACCCAUUCUUCCCUCCCCCAAUUAAUACGGAUAUUUCUACCCACUCCCCCACCCCCCCCCCCACCCCCUUGUAAUCUUAAAAUAAUAGAACUGGUUUAACAGAGAAGAUGAGCACCCCACGCCCCCCCCCUCCUCCACCCCCUCCCCAGGGCCGGGACAGAGACCCUUUCCCUCAAACGUCCGCUCAACGCUAGCUUUUGUAUGUGUCCUCCUGUCCCACAGGGGGGGCUGUUUGGCAUGUCUCUUAACUACAGCAACCCCCUUCAGAAACAGCAUUGCCCGUUCAGCCAAGACUGAAGCUCGUUUCCAAUUGAAAAACAAAGCAUAAUCGUUCUUGAGUGAAACCCCAAUUAUUAUGAACCUCCCCCAACCGCCAUCUUUAUUAAUGUAAAUGUAUAUGCAUGAACUGAACACCCAAUCGGAAGAGAGGAGACGCAGAUGAUGGUGAUGACUCUGGGAGAAAAGCCUUUUGUCUCUCUGUGUGUGUGUGUGCAUGUGUGUGUGUGUGUGUGUGUAUGUGUGAGAGAAAGUGCCUGGGUUCCCAUUCUCUUCCUUUCACCUCCAGAGAUGACACUCUUUUACCAACAUGCAUGGAUAUGCUUUCGCUAACCCCCACUCACACCUAUCCAAUGCCUUUCCAUGCAUGAGUGGGAGUACACCAGUGUGCACAGGUGAAGGGUAGACAGUUGGAACGCAGUAAAGGUCACGACCUUGUGUGACCUUGGAUCGAACAGCCAAUAGGAAAGCUGCUGGCGCUUUGUUGUUUGACCUUGUUGUAGAACCAAUGCUGAGGACUGAAAUCAAGAAGGUUAACUGUGUUUUUACCUUUAAUAUGUUUGUUUUUGACAACAAAAGACUCGUAUAACGUAAAUAGCGUUUUUUGAAAUACCUGAGCUAGCUAGCCAGAUGUGUCACCACCAGGCUUGAAUAAUGGUUGCAUCCUAACACAGACAUAAGCAGUUCCUUACAGUUGACUGAUUGGCUACCAGUUUCCUAACAGCCUCUCUCAUUGGUUCUCUCCCCCCCCCCCCCCCCUGUGAGUCCAAGAAACUCCCAGACUGCUCAGUGUAUCAGUUUCAACCCUAAAGGGCUUUGCAAUCAACUCUUUACCCCCUAACCUCUAACCAUGGUGAUCGUUUUUCUAUCCAACAUGCCCCAUUUCCAGCCCCCACACCAAUUCCUCAGCCUCUCAAUGAGGCCGUUUCUUUCCUUCUCGUCCUCAUUUGAAAAAUGUUGGGAUUUCAGGUCCUAAACAUGGUCUUAACCCGGGAGGCGUCAAGCAUAGUGGUGGUUAGAUAUGUAGAUUUAGAGGGUUUCUACACUUCACUGGCCCUGUAGGGAUAUUUUAUUGAGGGUCAAAGUUCAAAUCCUCUGGCUGUGUAUAUCCUGAGGUGACGGAUAGUUCUGUUUUAACGAUGCAACCUUGAUAAUCUGCCAAUCAUGAGACCACAGAAAGGUUUACAUUUCAAGACUGUUACUACUAGUCAAGAUCAGCUAAAUCAGAGAUGCCUGUGCUUUUGGGUGUGACUGAGAGUGUGUGUGUGUGUGUGUGCGCAUUAGGGCGUGUGUGUGUGUCUGAGCAUGUGAGCAUGUGAGUGUGUUUGGGGGAAAGACAGACGGCCUGAAUAAUUCAGACGGGCUUGGUUCAAUUUUUAACAAGAUUGGUACUGUAUGCUGAAUGACCCAGAAUUUCCUGCUGAUUUUGUUUUAUACAUUAUACUUGAUGUGUAACUUAAUGUAAUGAAGUAAAUGUUUAACCUAGAGGUAGUUGUACUGGUUUAGGUCAAUUUGAACAUGACAAAAUGUUUAGUUCUCUUGUCAUUUACACUACAAACUCCCCACAAAGUUUUGGAUCAAGCUUCUGGGUGGUUGUACCAGGGGUUGUAGGGUUUAACGAUAAUGAUUUAUAUGGAACUCAUAAUACCGUUUACCCCUUCUUUUGCCAAAGGGAACCAUUUCUAAGGGAAACUCCAGGUUGCCUCAGACAGAGAUGUGGGUUUUCUAACCAAGCGAUGUUUCGUAAUGACAACCAAAAACAAGGUUUGUCCGUGGGUCUGAGAUUUUGUUUCAGUCCAGAGCGUAACCUUUCUAAAGCAGUUUGUAUCUGGCGCGCACCACGCCUUGAGCUGGGGCCUGGGGUUCACCCUGGGCUGUCCUCACCUGAGACCUGCUCACAAACCAAUGACAAGGGUCACACCAAUCCCCAGGGCCUUACCUUAGCGUACUGGAGGAAGUGGAUGCACAAGUACAAAAGGUGUUGGUCUUAGGGUUUGGUUUAGGAUUGGAAAACGUCAAUUUUAUGGUGGGUUGAAUGGGGUUUGUAGUAGAGGUAGAUGAAGAAAAUGAAUAUUUCCCAAAACCUAGAAGAGUAGCUUUAUAUCUUCUAGUUCUUUCUGGGGCAGGACUGGGGUUUCCAAGUGAAGGAGAAACAUGGCACUGGUUCCCAUGUUUUGUUUGAAAACGACAGUUGUUGGGAGUGUGCUGACAACGACCCAGCCCAACACUCGCUCCAACUGCACUCGGACCGGAAAAGAAACGUUACCAUGACGUCUACAAUAAAAAUAAAAAAUAAAAACAGAGUGAACUGACGACCUAACAAAAAAAAAAAAAAAAAAAAAAAAAAAAGAGGAGAAGAGGGAGAAUGUUAACAGCUUAAUAUAAAAACUAAAAACAUGUGAAGUACAGCCAUACAUUGUGUCCUGGUGCAGAGAAGCUACGGGACUUCGCCCUGCCCAGCAUGUGUAUCUAUGGUGUGUGUGUUCGUCUGCACCUUCUAACCUGUGCAGCAGCCGUUCUCUCUCUGUGACCUCACCCCUCUCCCUCGCCCCUCUCCCUCGCCCCUCUUCCUCGCCCCUCUCCCCACAACCGCCAUCGUGCCCCCCCUUUCCUCCCCUUCCCACAAACUCCCUGUUCCUCCCCUAUGCCAUGUCCAUAUUUGGGAAUGUUGAUGUGCUACUUGUUCACACUGUGCAUGGAUGAUGACAUGUCUGUAUAUAGUUAGCAGUAUCCCAUUCGUUAAUGUCGACGGAGGGUUGAAUGUUGUAUAGAUUUGGACUUUUUUAUUAUUAUUUGUUUAACCUAAGUAGGACCUACAUUUGUUUUAGGUUUGUGUCAUUUGAAUGACGUCCUUUUGGUAACUUGCACAUGAUUCCAUUUUAUGAAGAAAAGGCAAUAUCUGAUGUUGUUGAAUGCAGCAGAGAGCUUAAAGAGUUACGUAUCUUAUGAACAUGGGAGAGUUGCAUGGGUAUUUGUACAGACAACACUGCUUGCUUCUAUUGACCUGGUUGUGUUAUUUGACAGGUGUAAGAGAAAUAUGUACAUCAAAGGCUAUUUUGUCAUUGAAGAGAUCAUAUGUAUAUACUGUACAUUGUUAACAGUGAGAGGUCGUACCCUCCACGCUAUCUUAGAGAAUUCUACAUAUUUAUUUAAAAGAGAAACCUCACUACACUCAAGAAUGACAAAUAUUGCCUUUUUGGAGAAGCCUAGUUUCUAGUUUUGCUUGGAGCUUGUUCUUCUAUAUAGCUUCUCUCUCUGUCCUCUCUGUGCUGUGUGGUGUUCAGACUGCUAUCUGCCCGGUGGUUCUCCUUCACUUGGGGUGGGGUGUCUAUCGUGUCCAACAUGCUGCAUCUCACUCUCCCUGGAUCAGAUGCCUCAGUCUUGUCUGUGUGGAUGGCUGUCUCUCCGUCUAUCUUUCUGCUUGUCUGUCUGUCUGUCUCUGUCAGUGGAUAGUAUGCCAUAUUACCAGUCUGUCUGUAUGACUUUCUUUCUGUCUGCCUGCAGUAGAGGCUCAUCACAUCCGUUGUCGGACUCCACCCCCGACCUCUGACCCCGCAGCUUAGAGGGAGGGCUUCUUUCUUUCAGGGUUCGAAUAUCAAUUAAUCUCUUACUCAUGUAGUCUUUCUCUUUUCUCAGACUCUCUCUUUUUUUCCCAGUUCUCUGCUUGUCCUCCGUUUUCCUCUCUCUCCACGGCCCUCCUCCCUCUCUACUGUCUGUUUAGACUCUUUCACAGGGUUUAGUUUGCUAUUUGUUUUGUCUUUUGUUGGGUUUAUUGAUUUUGUUCAAUUAAUGAUGAUGAUUUUUGUUUUUCUUAUUUUGUUGAUGUCCUCUGUGUUUAAAUUUUCUUUGUGUUGCACACAGACUAAUAAGAAGGAAGUACACUAACUGUGAUUGCGCUACAUGGUACUCUUCUGACACAGAAAAUAAAGUUUGGGAUACCCUGUUUCAAAGA